UGCCAUGCAGCCAUUUGCCUGACAUUUAGAGUUGAGGAAGGGAGUGUAAAGAAAGUCUUGAAAAAUUCACAGCCAACACCUAAAGCCAGACUUGUGAAGCAACCAGACCAGAAAUCCACAGAGAAGAGGCAGAGGAGGGAGAAGACAGCUCAGGUCAUAAAAGAGAAUCUGGUGCAGAAAUCUGUCCACCAUGUCCUAUCCGAAUGCACCACCGCCAUAUGAUGACCGAGAUCCACUGCAUAACCCAGCGUACCCUCCACCUGGUGGAUAUCCGGCCCCAGGGGGCUAUCCACCCCCCUAUGGGGCACCUGGAGGGUAUUACCCACAACCAGGUGGCUACCCACCACCUGGGGGCUACCCACAACCUGGGGGCUACCCAGAACCCGGGCACUACCCAGAACCCGGGCACAAUGAGCCUCCAAAACCUGUGAUGCCGAUGCUACCAAAUAUUCCACUUCACCCAGGUGCCACUGACCCCAAUAUUUACAGGACGGGGGAAGAGGGGGAGGGGCAGUUCGGCUCUUGGGAUGACAAGGCCGUCCGACACGCUUUCAUACGCAGGGUCUACGCCAUCAUAUCCGUCCAGUUACUGGUCACUGUCGGCAUUGUGGCGAUCUUCACAUUUGUGAUACCGCUGAAGAGCUUUGUGCAACGCAAUCCUGCAGUCUACUAUGCUUCAUACGGUGUGUUCUUUGUCACCUACAUAGUCCUGGCCUGCUGUGAGGGACCCAGGAGGCGCUUCCCCUGGAAUAUAAUUCUUCUGGCUAUAUUUACUUUGGCCAUGUCCUUCAUGACUGGGACGAUUGCCAGUUUUUACAGCACACAAGCGGUACUCAUCACCCUGGCCAUCACCGCCAUCGUCGCCAUCGUUGUGACCGUUUUCUGUUUCCAGACCAAGGUGGACUUCACCUCCUGCGCAGGACUCUUCGCCGUCCUGGGGAUAGUCCUCUUUGUUACGGGGAUUGUGACAGCCGUCGUCCUGGCAUUUAAAUACAUAAAAUGGCUGCACAUGCUGUACGCUGCGAUUGCCGCCAUCGUUUUCACUCUGUUCCUCGCAUUCGACACUCAGCUGGUGAUCGGAAACCGCAAACACUCCAUCAGCCCCGAGGAAUACGUCUACGGCGCCAUGAAGAUUUACACCGACAUCGUUUACAUUUUUAUCAAUCUGCUGCAGCUCGUCGGCAGCAAGUAAGGACAACAAGUCUGAGCGAGAGUGCGGCCAUUUUGUUCUUGAAAAGGAGGUCCUACUUUUGCCCCUUUUUUUUUCCAAGUGACUCCAGAUUUCCCAUUUUUUUUUAUGAGCCCAAAAUCCGCAAACACCGCGAGCCGGAGGACUGAGCACGAUUGGAGCGAAUGUUACAUUUAAUUUGUAUCCUUGUUUAUUCGCUGUUAUCUUUAUUUAGUCGUUGCCUUUUUUUAAACGUAUUGUCUUCACCAAAGAAGAGAAGAUUGGUACCCUGUAGAAGCUUUGCACUGUUAUGCUAUAAUAAAUGGCUGCAGGGUGCACUGGCACUACCAAUUAUGUUGCAAAAAAAUCCCUUUAUGCUUUACAGAAGCACAGGCGCCGUUGGUCGCCAAUUGUGCGUCAUUUAAUUUUUCAAACGCAACUUAAGAGCUCCUCGUAGCAUCUGACAUACAUUCAGUACAGGUUCUGUUAAUUUGUGCACAUUUAAUUAAAGUUUGAAUCUUUUAAGAAA